AUGAGCGACCACAGAACCCCCGGUGACCUCCUCGACAACUACGAUCUAAUCGUCAAAUAUGUCCACACGAUCCACCUCCUAAAGCUCCUCUGCAUGAACGCCUGGAUAGAAGCCUUCGACGCAAAGACAGACACCCCACUCGGUCGACGUGCCCGAUACAUGGACCGCCGCGAAGGCUUCAACGACAAGUUCUACUUCCUGACAGACUUCAUAGCUGGUGUGAUCUACCUCAACAAGAUCCUCCAAAAGCUCAGCCUUGCAGCGAUCCGCAUUCAGGAAAGCUAUGUCGCCCAUACCGUGCAAACCUCCAUUCAGGACCAAGUGCUGAAAGUCAAUAACCUUCGUCGAGCACUGGGUAUGCCCGUCGUCAAUCUGCUGGAGGACGCAGCCAGACAUGGGAAUUGGGAGAUCGGUCCUGACCAACUUACUCUCAGCGAGUUGCUGUUCGAACUCAUCUUUCGCUCGAUCUACACCCAUGCGAUUGCCGAACUUGCGGAUCCCGAUGAUCCUAUCGCCAUUACUUCGGGAGAUACUGAGAUCGAUCGUGUUGCGGAGAGGUUCAGUCUUCUCGGUCAAAGUCAUGACUUUGCGACGGGAUCAGAUGGCACUCAGCCUGGUUCCAGUCGUGGAUAUGGGCACCGCAUGUCAUUCUGA